CCGUUCUCUGGGAGCAUGGGUAACCGUUUGUGUAGGUCAUAACAUCGCGUGUGUUUCGUGGCGAUUUUUAGCAAACAAAUAUGUCAGCGCUCGUCAUCCUUACGAGGAUGUGCAUACCCGGCAAGCCGUGGCUGAGAAGCACGGGAUCUGUGCUGAGCGCCUCGUACCACAGCCAGAAGGGUGUCUACGGGUACAAACCCUCAGAGGCCGAAAAUCAUGCGCAACAGUGGGAUAAGACCAGCCUGAAAUCCUCCCUUAAUCAAGAUCACGGACUGGCACGGCUGGUGGAUGCCUACAGGGUGCAUGGACACAAAGCGGCUAAGAUAAACCCCUUGCUCCCUGAGAAACCAGUCUUGGACAUCCUUCCUGAAAUUAGCACUCUGACUGAGCUUCUUCAUGGUCCCUUCAACACAAGCGGUCUUCGUAACUUUGGUAAAGCUGAAGCAUCUCUUGAAGAAGUGCUUGCUUACUUGGACCAUAUCUACUGUGGGAGGGUCUCUGUGGAGACCAGCCAGCUCCAGAGCGUGGCAGAGAAUGAGUGGUUUGCCAACCGCUUUGAGGAACAGAAAAAGGAAACCUUCUCUCCUGAAGAAAGGAGGCAGCUGGCAAAGCUUAUGCUAGAAUCUCAGGAAUUUGACCACUUUCUGGCCACAAAAUUUGCAACAGUAAAAAGAUAUGGCGGUGAGGGAGCAGAGAGCAUGAUGGGAUUUUUCUAUGAGCUGUUCCGCCUGUCAGCCUACAGCGGCGUGACAGACAUCGUCAUGGGCAUGCCUCACCGUGGAAGACUGAAUCUUCUGACUGGUCUCCUUCAGUUUCCUCCUGAGCUCAUGUUCAGGAAGAUGCGUGGUCUGAGUGAGUUUCCAGAGAACUCUCCAUCAAUUGGGGAUGUGCUCUCUCACCUGACCACCUCUGUAGACUUGGACUUUGGGGCGGGACACCCCCUGCGGGUGAGCAUGUUGCCCAAUCCAUCACAUCUGGAGGCCAUCAACCCAGUUACCCAGGGAAAGACCCGUGGCCGGCAGCAGCUCAAACAGGAUGGAGACUACUCCUCAGAGAGUAGUGCACAACCAGGGGAUAGGAUCAUCUGUGUGCAGGUUCAUGGUGAUGCCUCUUUCUCAGGCCAAGGAAUUGUUCAGGAAACAUUCACCCUUUCCAACCUCCCGCACUUCAGAGUUGGAGGUAGCAUCCAUCUUAUUUUAAAUAACCAAGUGGGUUAUACCACUCCAUCGGAGAGAGGGAGAUCAUCUCUGUAUGCCAGUGACAUUGGUAAGAUGGUAGGCUGCGCAGUGAUCCACGUGAAUGGCGACUAUGCAGAAGACGUUCUCCGGGCAACGCGGCUUGCAGUGGAGUACCAGCGCCGUUUCCGGAAGGAUGUGAUUGUGGACCUGCUUUGCUACCGACAGUGGGGCCACAAUGAACUGGACGAACCCUUCUUCACUAAUCCAGCCAUGUACAAGAUUAUUCGCUCCAGGAAGAGUAUCCCUGACUCAUAUGCUGACCUGCUGAUCGCUGAGGGGCUAAUGACUGAAGCAGAGUGCUCAGAGAUCAAGACCUCUCACUACAGUAUGUUGAAUGAGCGACUGGCCAACAUGACCCUCUACAGCCCACCCCCAACCAACCUGCAGGGCCGCUGGGGUGACCUAGUGGAGCCGCAGCCUCGCAUCACCACCUGGGACACUGGUGUUCCUGCGGCACUGCUGCAGUUUGUGGGCGCCAAGUCUGUGGACAUCCCCAGAGAUAUUCAGCUGCACAACCACCUGAUGAAAACACAUGUGCAGGCUCGACUGCAGAAGCUGGAAGACGGGACCAAGCUGGACUGGUCAACCACUGAAGCUAUGGCUUUUGGAUCCUUGCUCUGCCAAGGGUUUAACAUCCGCAUCAGUGGACAAGAUGUGGGACGUGGUACCUUCAGUCAGCGGCACGCCAUGGUGGUGUGUCAGGAAUCCAGCGACAUGUAUAUCCCUCUGAACCACAUUUACCCUGAUCAGAAGGCUUUCUUGGAGGUGUGUAACAGCGCCCUGUCGGAAGAAGCCGUGCUUGGGUUCGAGUACGGCAUGAGUAUUGCCCAGCCUAAGCUACUGCCCAUCUGGGAGGCUCAGUUUGGAGACUUCUUCAAUGGAGCUCAGAUCAUCUUCGACACAUUCAUUUCAUCAGGUGAGGCUAAGUGGCUGCUGCAGAGUGGGAUGGUCAUCUUGUUGCCACAUGGCUACGAUGGGGCAGGACCAGAGCACUCUUCCUGCCGCAUCGAGCGAUUUCUGCAGCUCUGUGACAGUAAAGAAGAGGGCGUGGAUGGUGACAGUGUCAAUAUGUCAGUCGUGCACCCCACAACCCCAGCACAAUACUUCCACUUGCUGCGGCGACAGAUGAUUCGCAACUUCCGUAAGCCUCUUAUUGUGGCCUCACCCAAGAUGCUGCUACGCUUUCCGGGAGCUAUGUCUAGCCUGGCAGAUAUGGGUCCUGGGACAACCUUCAAACCUGUGUUUGGUGAUCCCACUGUGAACCCUGACAGUGUCCAGCGCAUAGUGCUGUGCUCAGGGAAACACUACUAUGCCCUGCUGAAGCAGAGGGAGGUGGCUGGUGCAACCAAAAAUGCUGCGCUGAUCCGGUUGGAGGAGCUGUGCCCAUUCCCCCUAGAGGCUUUGCAACAUGAGCUUAGCAAGUACAGCAAAGCCAAAGAAUUCAUAUGGAGCCAAGAGGAACCUCAAAAUAUGGGUCCUUGGUCAUUUGUGGCGCCCAGAUUUGAGAAGCAGCUGGCCUGUAAGCUCCGCUUGGUCAGCAGGCCACCCCUUCCUGCCCCAGCUGUGGGCAUUGGAACUUUGCACCACCAGCAGCAGGAAGUCCUUUUAACAUCGACCUUUUCCUGAGGAAAUAAUGACAUGGUGCCCAGGAACCACCUCUCCAGUAUCCAAAGAACCAUAAAGAUUGGUGUUCCUCUGGAAAAGAAAAUGGUGCUUAGAGAUACUGGAUACUGAGGAGGUAAAGUUUAUGUGAAUAGCUUAAGUAGGUAAUUAAAAAUGAGGGGAUUACACCAUACAAUGAUGGUCACUUAAAGGUACAGGCAAUUCACCUAAUUUCAGGUUCUUGAAUAGCAGUCCAUCUUCUCCUAAGAUAUAGCAUGUUACCUAAUUUUGCUGCUAAGAGUUUGGUUUGGAAUAGAAUAAAUUUGAAAAGUAUAUUUCUGUAGAAUGGAAAACUCAUUUCUUGUCAGAGACCAGGCUUAACCCAUGACAAAAACCAUUUUUGUCAAUCAAAAGUGUUGCUGUCAAAAGGGCUCCAAGUUGUUGUCCUUUUAAGUGAAGAA